GCGUGCACAUAAACUGAACAUUUUUCUUCUGCGAUAUCGUUGAGACUUGCGAAUGUCUGGACGCGGUAAAGGAGGCAAAGCUCGCGCCAAGGCUAAGAGCCGUUCAUCUCGUGCAGGACUACAGUUUCCCGUCGGUCGUGUCCACCGUAUGCUGCGCAAAGGAAACUACGCCGAACGUGUAGGCGCUGGUGCUCCAGUCUACCUCGCAGCAGUGCUUGAGUACUUGGCCGCUGAAGUACUAGAGUUGGCAGGCAACGCCGCAAGAGACAACAAGAAACAGCGAAUCAUUCCACGUCACCUCCAACUCGCCAUCCGCAACGACGAGGAACUCAACAAGCUUCUCCACGGUGUCUGUCUGCCACAGGCAGGCGUACUGCCCAACAUCCACUCAGUUCUUUUGCCAAAGCGUACGGGGGGACCCGAAGGCGGCAAGAAACAAGGCUCGCAGAGUCUCGAGUACUAGACUGCUACAGCUAGUUCUAGACUCCAACCAACCGGCUUUUUUAAAAGCCACAAAGAGAAUCAGGGAGAGCACUCUGCAGACAAAUUUUACGAAGUAAUGAAGUAGUUGUAACUAGUACUUUAAUUCUAUACGUGCUAUUCAAUACAUAAAGCAGUACUUUUAGUUUGACGUACGAAAAUAGACUUGCGUUGUCGUCUA